AUGUCAAUCGUACCUUUGCCCGAAGCCACUGUCCGCAACCUGGGUUCGAGUCUUGUCAUCACUAGCCCCGUGCUUUUACUCAAGGAGCUUGUAGACAAUGCUAUUGACGCGGGAGCGACCUCGAUUGAUGUGCUAGUUUCCCCUAACACGGUUGACAAGAUCGAGGUCAGAGAUAAUGGCCACGGUAUCAGCCCUGCCGACUUUGGCUACCUCGCUUGCCCCGGCCACACAAGCAAGCUCAGGUCACUAGACGAACUCGACGCCCUGGGAGGGAGAACGCUGGGGUUCCGCGGUGUUGCAUUAGCGAGUGUCAAUAACUUGGCCAAUGUUUCUCUGUCAACCCGAGUGUCAACCGAGCAUGUUGCGGCGGUCAUCUCUCUCGCGAAGGGGGGAGGAGUUGACACCCUGCGACAUGCUGGCGCUCCAGUCGGCACAGCCGUUUGUGUGACGGAUUUGUUCUCUCAUCUGCCCGUUAGAUCACAAGUUACCGUCAGGGAGGCACCCAAGAAUUUAACAAGGAUGAAGGAGCUUUUACAGUCAUAUGCACUCACGAGACCCACGGUAAAGCUGCGAUUCACAGUUCUGAAGACCCCCAGUCUCUCGUGGUCUUAUGCUCCAGCGGCGAAUAGUGAUGUCAAGGCAGCGGCGAUUCAGAUUUUUGGCACAGAGCUGGCGUCGCAGUGCUCAUUCGAAACUUACCCGAGCAAGAUAGCUCAAGACGACGACAAACUUUCGAGCAAUCAGAACGUCCCCGGUUGUCUGCCGGAACAAGCGACAAAAGUGGUCUUCGAAGCUCUGUUGCCGAGACCCACGGCCGACCCCCAGAAGAUUUCCAAGGGAGCCUUUAUCUCUGUGGAUGCUCGACCGGUAUCUGCUGCUCGAGGGACGGCCAAGAAAUUGGUGUCCAUCUUCAAAGGACGCAUCGAAGGUCAUUUUGCAUCGGCUCGCUCGAUAGCCACGCCCAAGAGCCCCUUCAUCAGGUUGAAUAUCCGGUGCCCGCCGGGUAGCUACGAUGUGAACGUUGAGCCAUCCAAGGAUGAUGUUCUCUUCAAGGCGGAACAUCAUAUUAUUGAUCAGUUCGAGUCAUUCCUUUCAUAUGUCUAUCCUGCCACUAGGGGCGGGCCGUCACACCUGUCGCCGAUAACCGCCACAGAAACAGACGUUGAAGCGCCUGGCGGGAAGGCCGCGGAGAGUUUCAGUCCAUGUCCGUCGCCACAGACCGUGGUUCCGCCGUGGGGGGUUGAUAUGUCAUCAGGAUUUGAUGGAAUCAGCGACGAUGAGGCUGGUGAACAGAUCAAUGCCGAUACUCGACAAGAUAUACGACAGGUGGUAGAGCUCGGGGUUGACGACGAAAACAUUGCGCAGUCUCCAGAUGAGGGUUUGAAUCCUUGGUCUCUCGCCAAACUUACUGGCAAGACACAAAGCAGUGCACCACGACACGAAGGACCCGUGCAAAAUAUACAUUGGGAGACUCGACUUCGGUUGCUAGAAUCUGGAGCCACCGACCCCCUCGGCGUGAGCUCACCAUCAGGUAUGCAAGAACCAGACUCAACACAAAGCCCGCCCCCCCGGCCCGGUCGUCACGGUAGACGCGAGAACCCGGCGUCGCAAGGUAGACGCGUUGAAGACCUCCUCGGGCACAAACAUGACAGAUCGACCGUCCGUUCUGCUCGGCUGCCAAAUCAGCACAACCGGCCUAGUCGCUAUCACGGACUUCGAAGCCCGCCAACUUCUUCCCCGCAUGAGCAAGAUCGUGAUAGGGUUGGUAUAAGGGAUCGUCCCCGUCCACAAAGCUCAGCAAAACCAGGCCGGACAGUCCAGUCGCGGCUCUCAUUCGACAGAAAUAAUAGCCGGCCAAGAAGACACCGUGACCAUCCCGACCUGGAUCGGCAGUCUCCAAAACCUGCUCGGCCAAACAGGCGCGCGAGGAACCCAGCAUCGACUCGUUUAGUUGACCUUGAGGACAUGGACUUCAUAACGGAGACUCCUGUCAGGACGAGUUCCGCAGACGGGAGUGUUCCCCGACAGCCAUCGCCGUCUCACAGAUCUCUGUUACGCAAUAUCCCUGGGGUUGGUGAAAGCGCGAGAGAGGUCUAUCUGCCGAGAAGGCCAGAUAAAAACACCACUCAGCCACCUCUGCAGCUCGAUGAUCCAAGAGUACGACUCAUAGAGCAGCAGCGCCUUAUGACAACAAGCGCACGAAAGAAGCCCAAGCGGCUCACAACCGGCCGGCUGCCCCUCGAGACGAUCCCACGCGAUUCCGAGACUUGCGCUCUAUCGCUGACAGUGGCGGCUGAUGCACGAAGUUUGGCACAGCUGCUUACCGAAGCCUCUCAAUUCGAUACUUGGUUGGUUGACGGGGAGUUGAGAGGAGCCUUUGAUGAUGGGCCCGGGCCCAAGGACACGGCCAGGCUGAUGGAGCCUUUGCUGGCACAGCUGGGCUAUGGAACAGCCGCAUCUGCCCAAACCGCAUCGCCGCUGCCAAUGCCGUCGUGA